AUGCUUGCCAGGUCAACAGUCCAAAGUGUCUACAGAGUACUGGUCCAGAGGGCCUCGUACGCAACGGCCUCGACCACCACAUCGGCACCAACAACGCACAUACUUAAACACGCAGCGCAGCCACCAAAAUGGGUUUUGACAACUCUCAGAUCGUUUCCUUCGCUUGAGCCACAUUCGGUGAUACCGGUUCAUGCCAAGUUUUUGAAUAGCCGCCUGAGAAGAGACCUGCUUUGGAAGGCCGUGAUAAUGGAGCUGGAUAACAGAAGAGUGGGUGCUUCCAACCCAAUGGGUCGUUCCGAGCGCGGGUUCUCAAGAAGGAAGUUGGCUCCUCAAAAGGGUUCAGGAAGAGCUCGUGUUGGUGAUGCCAACUCACCAAUCAGACACAACGGGUCCGUGGCCCAUGCCAGAUCCGCUCCUAACGACUUCUCCACUAAGUUGCCUUAUAACGUUUAUGCGUCUGCCUACAGAAUCGCGUUGAGUGACUUUUACAGAAACGGAAAUCUUUUUGUGAUUGGAAGGAGCAAGGAUGUCGAAGCUCCAAGAUUGGCAACGGAUUCCUUCAGUCUGGAUAUUGUCACAACGCAGAAACAGGCACUGCUUCAGUUUAUUGCAGCUAACCAGCUCCAGAACUUGAACCUCCUGUUUGUUGCGGAUAACUUGGAGGAAGUUACCAAUCUCACUGAGGCCGCUAAGGAGCUGAAUCAAAAGGUCAAGAUUCUGAGCAAGGAGGAGGUUGAAGUUAAGGAUCUCUUGAGGGCCCGCAGAGUGUUUAUGGACGCUUCUUCUUUAAAGUACUUUGCUAGUGAGUUUGCUGCGGGUCUUGUUUGA